UUUGGAAUAAAUAAAAAUAUGAUGCUCCCUUACAAAGUGCUCACUGAAUUGAGGAGAGAGAACAAAUUCAAAAACUAAGUCUAAAACAAACAAAAAUGCCAGAAGUUCUUAGCCUAGCCUAAAACAAGACAAAUAAAAUUGAAUUUUGCUGGGAAUUCAAUUUCCCCCCAACUCCAACACAAAUUUCAAAACCAAAGCAAUACUCGAUUAAAAAGGGUCCUCAAAUCACAACCCUCCAUCACCAAUAAUGGGUCCACAACACUCCCAUAAGAGAGCCCAAGUCCAUGCUUCAGAACUAAACCAGCAUGUACCCUAUCAUUUCUUCCUUAAUCAACUCCAAGUAACUGCUGGUAGUAUAAAUAAAACCAUCCGGUUAGAGUCUCACUCUUUUUCUUACAAGCUGCUAGAGUUGUCGGUCCAGUAUAUAGGAAAAGGGAAAAAGAAAUUAAUCAGAGAAAAAAUGGUAGGGAGAUGGGCCAUGUCAGCAUUUCGGUGGGUAGCUUCGGACCUCGUAUCAUUCCGAUCGUCGAUCUCGUUCGAGUGGCCCCAUAUGAGCAGCUUCAGCUUCUCCUUCGUGGACGACGUUGUUUGGAGUCUGAUCACAGCGUUUGAGUCUGUCGCUUUGGUUUCCAUGCUAGGCUUCUUCUUUCUCUUUUGCGGCUGCACUAUCUGAUAGAUUGCUGAGCGUUGUCGGGAUUUGACGUCAUCUGAAGUUGGGUGUUGGGCUGCAACGUGGCGCAGGCGGAGGCCUCGAGGUAAGCCGUGUUAGUAGAUGACAACGUGACUUUGAGUUCGGCGCACGUGGAGUAUGUUGGUAAUUUUUGUCUUCUUUUUUUUUUUUUUAAUUUUUGUAAUAGAUAAGUUAAUAGAGUGUGGACACAUCAGCUGA